AUGCUGGAGGAAAUGGAUUUCUCCAUGGACGACCCCGCCGAGGGCCCUGCGGCCGAGGCCAGUGGCGCUUCGGGCGGGCCUGGCGGGGCCGCUGGUGCUGGCGCAGCGGCUAGCAGCGGCGCUGGCGCAGCGGCUAGCAGCGGCGCUGCUGCCGCCGUGAUUGCCGAUCCCGACCACGACGUCUCGGGCUUCAGGUGGCGUCAGAUGUUUCAGUUUACUCCGCACUGGAACAGGACAACCGGCCAACAGGCGGGCUGGGAGGUCUUCUGCUACCACCCCGACCAUGACCAGAGCAAGUGCAGGCGGCGCCGACACUUCGCAGCUCACGGAGGCCCACAGAUGACAGAGAGACUCUUGAAGGAGUGGUGCAUUCGCGGCUUGUGCGAGGGGGGCACCGCCGCCCACAUGGCUUUGAAAGACCACCCUCCCUACAUGGAGCUGGAACAGGCAGAUGACCAUCCAAUACCCGAACACUUACUGGACGCGCUUGCUUCCAGCUCGGGCCCAAGCUCCGAUGGCAACUCUUCCACUUCCGAUUGA